CGCAGUUUUGAUGCUCGAGAUCCCGCUUAUUCAUGAUCGCUUACAGAACUGAAGAAGGCGCGCAUCGCACAUUUCCAAAUCUCGAUCGAGCUCGAGUCCCAGCCCGUCUUCUGAAGCCAAGAGCAACGUCCCACGACAGAGAUGCGUCUUCCGCCUCUUCUUCCCCGCAAAAUACCUGCUCAAUUCUUCCCGAAUCAGGCGGUACGCAGGUAGGCUUCCCUUGCAUUCGACAGCCGACAGGACCGGAUCGUCCCGCCAGGUGAGACAAGAUCGGAAAAACUUCCAGGACCUAUUACCACCCCCCACCAGACGCGACGACCCCAGCCGCCAAAGGUCGAAGAUGACGGCGGCGACGCCACAUUUGCAGGGUAUUCCCGCCAUUCCGAGCCAUCGUGCAGAUCUCCAAGGUCCCGCGGUGAGACAUAUUACUAGAUGGUAUCCCCCAGCGACAGGUUCACAGAAUUUCCAUUACCAAACCGAGUGUUUGGGGAGCGUGGGUAAGGCGCCGUACGACGUCAGAAUUCUUCCGCCUUCUUGUGACAACGUGGGAUGGGAAAGUUGAGUAAACAUCGUGUCGGGGAGGUGAUAGGUUGGGUGCACAUGCUUGGUGGUUUUUCCUUUCACGAGACGAUGAGCUGAGGUGAGUUCCCUUCGGAAUGGCAUAUACGGGCUGGGGCUGGCUGGAAGGGAAGAUGGACCGAGGAAUGAAGCGACGGCGGACUGCAUGUGGAGGACAAAUGACGUUCUGGAAGGAUGAGCGGCAACCUUGAGGCGCGAAAUCACGACGAGAAGUCAAGCUUCGAACAGGGCCUCUCGGACUUAUAAGUCGCCGGCAAGACCCUGAAGAAGGAGAGUCCAGUACACGACAUCUCUCAGACUAAAUCGCCAGACUUUUUGAACCCAAUCCAUACACCAAGAUUCGACACACAACGCUUCCCAAGAUGAUCCUCAAAAAAGACACAGUGACACCCUCCACCUUGGAUUCACCCACCAUCAUCUCAGCCUCCAACGAAUACUCCCCCCUCCGCGCCCUCAUCAUCGGCCGUGCCACCCAUUCCCUCUUCCCCUCGGAACCUCCACACAUGAUCCGCGCAACCAUGCCCACCCUCCACCACCCCGAAUUCCGUCCUCACCACCCCUUUCCAGCAGACAUUGUCGCCAAAGCAGACCAAGAACUCGACAACUUUGCGCGCGUGAUGACGGACAGAUUCGGCAUCAAGGUGUACAGACCCAAAGAAGUGAAUUGGGCUAAGGCAAAUGAGGGAAAGGGAGGGUAUACCGGUGCAAUGCCGAGGGACGGACUGAUGGUGGUGGGGAGGACGAUGGUCGAGGCGUGUUUUGGUUGGGGCUGUAGGAGGGGUGAGAUCGAGCUUGCGUACCAUGAUGUUCUGGAGGAUAUCAUGGAAACGGCUCGGAAAGCAGGCGAGUCAGUGAGGGUGUGUCGUGCUCCCAAGAUUGUGGGGGGCGAUACGUUGUAUGAUGGGCUUUUGGAUGACGACAAGCCUGAAAAAGAUGGUGGUGCCAAACAGAACGGAACCAUCCCCAGAAGCAGUCAAAACGGCAAACAAACCUCAACACACUGGGCAAUCAACAAUACCCGCCCAGCCUUUGACUGCGCAGACUUUAUGCGCUUCGGCACCGUCCUCAUCGGCCAGCUCUCGCACGUCACUAACCCCAAAGGCGUCGACUAUCUCCGCGCCGUGCUGCCCGCCCCGUAUACCGUCGAGCUCCUCAACACCACCGAUGACCACGCGAUGCACAUAGAUGCGACCAUCCUCCCCUUGCGCCAGGGGACGUUGAUCUACUGCCCCUCGCGUGUCACCGAGGAGGAACUGCGACGGCAUGAGGUUUUUAGGGACUGGGAUUUGCGGCCGUUGCCGUGGAAUCCCGAAGAGGAGGAGGAAGAGGAGGAGGAUGAGGGACCGCCGAGGUACAUGUGCUCCAAGUGGUUGGUUCUCAAUGCCAUGAGUGUGGAUGAGAAGACGAUUGUGGUGGAGGAGAGGCAGGAGAGGUUUGCGAGGUGGUUGGAGGAGGAGUUUGGGAUGGAAGUGGUGAGGUUGCCGUUUAGACACGUGAAUAGCUUGGGGGGAUCGUUUCAUUGUGCGACUGUUGAUUUGGUUAGAAAGGAGCUUUGAGGUGGAAGUAGGAGGAGGGACUGAUGAUGUGGACGGUCAUGUGAAAACAGAUUGAAUGCUAUUUGCUUGUUUGAUGUUCUUUCCUAUAA